UCCCAAUCUUUUAAAUAAAAUCACUGAAAUUUAUCACCAGUGCAACUAUGGUGGGAUAUUCCGCUAGAAACACUAUACGUAAAGUGAUUCCGUGAAAUUUGUGGGUGGCCAAGCGCGAGCUCAUGUCAACGGAACUUGCCCUCACAAGCGCGGUGGACGACGCGAUUGCUCGCGAAAAGAUCACAUGGAGCGUGCAUCGAUCAAGGGAACUAUUCGCGGGGGAGCCGCCGAGCUUUGAGACUCACGAAGACAGCCAAAAGACGCACAUCCAGGUGAAAUUCCGCGCACGAUAUGCUGAUCUUCCCGACAUCCAACCGAGCCAGUUGAAGAAAUCCAAGUUGGACACCGUGGCACCCGUUCCUGUGAUCAGUCCCUUGGAUAAUACACCGGCAGCAGAGGACGACGAGGAUGGUGUCGUGGAAGGGCAUGCCACAGCCGAACCAGUGGACACGUUGCCAAGUGCUGUGGAGAACGCCGUGGCCCAAUUCUCCAAGCAACAGGAAGCUGCCGCUGCAGCUUCCAACACAAGUCAACAAGCCUUGGUCGAAUACAAGAAGGAAACCACAUUCAAGGCCCAAUUCAGCGCCGCGUCAGCGUUGGUCCGUCGCCGCCAAGCCGCCGAGGUGCCGAAACCGACGUGGCACGCGCCGUGGAAGCUCAAGCGCGUGAUUGCCGGGCAUUUGGGUUGGGUGCGCUCCAUCGCCGUGGAUCCUACGAACCAAUGGUUCGUCACGGGAUCGGCCGACCGCACCAUCAAGGUAUGGGACCUGGCGAGCGGCCAGCUUAAGUUGACGCUGACGGGGCACAUCAACGCCAUCCGCGGCCUGGCUGUAAGUGACCGGCACCCGUACAUGUUUUCCGCGUCGGAGGACAAGAAGGUGCUGUGCUGGGACUUGGAGUACAACAAGGUGAUCCGCAGCUACCACGGGCAUUUGAGCGGUGUGUUCAGCUUGAAGCUGCAUCCGACGCUGGACGUGCUCAUCACGGGUGGACGCGAUGCCGUGGCUCGGGUGUGGGAUAUGCGGACCAAGCAGCAGGUGCACGUGCUGUCGGGGCACCAAGGCAGCGUAUGGGCCAUCGAGACCCAGGGCACCAACCCCCAGGUGGUCACGGGCGCCGCGGAUAGCACGGUCAAGCUGUGGGACCUCGCCGCCGGCAAGGUGAUGACGACAUUGACCAACCACAAAAAGGGCGUGCGGGCCAUGGUGGCGUCGCGUACAGACCACACGUUCUUGACCGGGGCGGCCGACAAUUUGAAGAAAUGGCAGCUCAAGGACGGCAAGUUUCUGCGCAACUUUUCGGGCCACAACGCGAUUGUGAAUGCCGUGUCGGUGAACCAAGACAAUGUGUUGGUGUCGAGUGCUGACAACGGAUCCAUGCGCUUCUGGGACUACUCGACUGGGUACUGCUUCCACCAAGAAGAAACCAUCGUCCAGCCUGGGUCCCUGGACAGCGAAGCCGGCAUCUACGCGUCGACGUUCGACAUGACCGGCCUGCGCCUCAUCACCGCCGAAGCUGACAAAACGAUCAAAGUGUGGGAGGAGAAUCCGGACGCGACCCCCGAGACCCACCCCAUCGACAUGGUCAAAUGGACCAAGGAAUUCACGGCCCCCAAGCGCUAUUAAUAUAUCAAUAUCGUCGACAAAUAUACAGUAACUUGCAUACCCGGUAUGUUUGAUGUAAGAAAUAUCAAAUGUACUUGAACGGUACUGUUUGUUUUGCGUAAA